AAUCCUUCACUAUUUUUCAUCACAGUUACACAAACAUGACAAAAUCAAAACCAUUUUCCUUACUCUUUUUCUUUUCUUUAACUCUUUUUCUUCUUACUCUCUUGUCUUCAUCCUUGGCUGCAAGAACAAAAACAGAUUCUUUAUACACCACUUUCCUUCACUGUCUCACACAAAACACAAAAGAUCCAUCAAUCUCCAACAUUGUUUUCUCCCAAACAAACCUUUCAUUUUCCACUGUCCUUCAAAACUACAUCCGUAACGCACGUUUCAACACAACUUCAAUAACAAAACCAUUACUCAUAGUCACUCCAAAACAACCUUCGCAUGUCCAAUCCACUGUAAUAUGUGCUAAGCAAGUCAACAUUCAAAUCAAAAUAAGAAGCGGUGGACAUGAUUACGAGGGUAUUUCAUACAUCUCUAACCAACCCUUUAUCAUACUUGAUAUGUUUAAUCUAAGAACAAUCAAUGUUGAUAUAAAAAAUGAAGUUGCUUAUAUUCAAGCUGGUGCUACACUUGGUGAAGUUUACUACAGAAUUUCUGAAAAGAGUAAAGUUCAUGGAUUUCCUGCUGGUGUGUGUCCAACUGUCGGUGUUGGUGGUCACGUCAGUGGUGGAGGGUAUGGUGCAAUGUUGAGAAAAUAUGGUUUAUCUGUUGAUAAUAUUAUUGAUGCUGAAAUUGUUGAUGUUAAGGGAAGGCUUUUGAAUAGGAAAUCAAUGGGUGAAGAUCUUUUUUGGGCUAUACGAGGCGGUGGUGGUGCUAGUUUUGGUGUUGUUCUGUCUUAUACCAUUAAAUUAGUAGCGGUUCCUAAAACCGUUACUGUUUUCCGAAUUGAGAAAACAUUGGAACAGAAUGCAACUGAUCUUGUUGUUCAAUGGCAACAAGUUGCUCCAACAACUGAUAAUAGGAUUUUCAUGAGGCUUCUUUUGCAACCUAAAUCUUCUACGGUUGUCAAAGGAACAAAAACUAUUAGAGCUUCUGUUGUUGCAUUGUUUCUAGGCCGCGCUGACGAGGUAGUAAAGAUUUUAGGGAAGGAAUUUCCACGUUUAGGUUUGAAGAAAAAAGAUUGUAUUGAAUUGAGUUGGAUUAAUUCUGUUCUAUGGUAUAACGAUGAAUUGAGUCUUAAAAAUGGCAAGAAACCGGUGAAUCUUUUGGAUAGGAAUGUUAAUUCGGCGGGUUUAGGUAAGAGAAAAUCUGAUUAUGUUCAGAAAGCUAUUUCAAAAGAUGAUUUGGAAGGGAUAUGGAAAAAGAUGAUUGAGUUAGGAAAAAUUGGAUUUGUUUUCAACCCUUAUGGUGGAAAAAUCGCUGAGAUUCCGGCCGAUGCAACGCCAUUUCCUCACCGUGCUGGAAAUUUGUUCAAAAUUCAAUAUUCAGUGAAUUGGGAUGAUCCAUCACCUAAUGCAACAGUUGGUUUUUUGAAUCAAGCUAAGGUACUUCAUAGUUACAUGACACCUUUUGUGUCAAAGAAUCCUAGAAGUGCUUAUAUAAAUUAUAGAGACCUUGAUAUUGGGAUUAAUAGUUUUGGUAAGAAUAGUUAUCAAGAAGGUAAAGUUUAUGGUACUAUGUACUUUAAUAAUAAUUUUGACAGGUUGGUUAAGAUUAAGACUGCGGUUGAUCCUGGUAACUUUUUCAGGAAUGAACAAAGUAUUCCCAUUCUUCCAAGAAAAGCUUAGAUUAGAGAAUCAAUCAAUUGUAAUUGUAAAGCAUAUUUUGCUUACUUUAUGAUGUUUAGUAUUUUGAUUCCUAAAUAAAAACGAUUGGCCUUUAUUAGGUUCUUAAUUUUUUUUA